GGUAACCUAAAACCGUAUGCAUUGGUGAUUCUUGCAGUUUCAUCGCGAGAGAGCGCCUCCGCAAGACCAGCUAAAAGCUAGUUUUACACGCGAAACCGAACUUCUUGUACGGCGAUCAUGGCCGCCUUAAGGCCAGUGUUGGCGUUCGUUCUUGUGGGCCUUCUGUCUGGAGAAGUCCGAGCCGGUCAGUAUUUCGGAAAAUUGAUUGGAAAACUUUCUGAACUCCAUCACGGGGUUUCAGGGGAGGUAUACGCUGUCGACAGCAGGACGCUCUACAUCAAGGAUUUCACCUACGAUGGACAGGGACCAGCCGCCUACUUCUACGCCGGCAACUCCCGCACCCCCGGAAGCUCCGGGUUCCGUCUCCGGGACGAGAACGGAAGCGGCGAAGUCAUUAGGAGGUACAGAAAGGAAGGUGUCACGCUCUCGAUGCCCGAGGGCAAGAACCUGAACAAUAUCAAGAUAUUCUACGUGUGGUGCGAAGAAUUCGCGGUGAACUUCGGCGACGUGAAGAUCCCUAGGAACCUGGACUACCCCCGUCCUGUCAAGAUCGACCCCCUUCAAGGGGUGCACGGCGUCUCCUCGGAUAACGUCGUAGUUGUCGACGCCCAAACUUUGUUAAUUCCCAACUUCUCAUAUGACGGAGAGGCACCUGAUGCCAAAUUCUGGGUUGGCCGUGGUUCCAAACCCUCUCCCCAAGGAAUAAGAAUCCCAGACGAGAAUGGCAAAGAGAAACCUCUGAGACGCUACGAUAGGAAGACCAUAGUGCUGAACCUACCUGGAGAUCUAACGGUCUUCGAGAUUGGGCAUUUUGGCAUUUGGUGCGAAGCCUUCACUGUAGACUUUGGACACAUUUUGAUCCCUCAGAACCUCAACGUACCUCCGUCCCUGAAGAUGUUAGGCGUCAGCCCACAGUCAAAACUGAACUGUGAAGUCCUUCAAGAUUCAACUGCUUUCGAAGUAAGAUGGGCCAUGGCUGGAGAUAGUGUUAUUAUACAGUUAGUUGCAAAAUUAGAUGAAAGAGAGUAUAUGUCCUUUGGUGUAUCAGGAGAAGAAACCGGAAGCGUAAUGAUCAAUGGUGACAUUGCUGUCGCCUAUAUCGACAAAGAAACUGGAAAAGGUCAUGCCGACGAUUAUUUCCUCAAAGACAAAUCCCAAUGUUCAGGACAAACUGGUUCUUGUCCAGACAGUAUAUUCAGGGAAAACACCGGCAGUAUAAAAAUGCUCAACGCUGCUAAAGUCAACGGUUACUCCAUUGUAACCUACCAGCGCCCUCUGAUGGCCGAUGACGAAUUCGACCAGCCCAUCUACGCCAACGAAUCUACAGCUAUCAUCUGGGCUAUUGGACCCUUGAACGAUAGGAAUCAGGUCUCUUUCCACAGCGAGUACUUGAAAAAAGACAAGUUCUUCCAUUUCGGACGUUAUCCAAAAUGGAAUUGUCCUGCUCCUGAGGUCGAGCAACCUAUGAAGACCAAAACCACACAGGAUGAGGACGAAGAGGAAGCUGUGGUAGCUCCUACGAGCUCAAGGAACAAGGAGAGGAGGAGAGGGUCUAACAGGAAUAGAGGCAAUACUGUUGCAGAGUCUGAAGGUUCAGAAUCAGAAAGAGUGGCCUCUAGACUAGAACAUUCUGGGAGAAGAGGUUCGAACAAAAAUUCAGUAGAAACUUCUAGAAGAAACAUACCAACGCCAGCUCCUGCAUCCAAGAAAGAUGCCUGGACCAUACCUCCAAUUCAGUGCUACGAACCAGAUGAUGGAGUCUUCUACGCCCAAAUGGGACCCACUGGUGGAAAAAGAGGGUAUCCCGCAAUCACAGGUCACGUGGGUUGGGGUAUAUCAUGGUACAUAAACGGCCUCCUCAUACCCGAAAUAAACGUGGUGAGGGGAAAAACCUACACCUUCGUGAUCGAAGGAGGUCUUGACCAAAAUGUACCGGCCAAAUAUCAUCCCUUCUACAUAACGGACGACCCUGUAGGAGGCUAUGAACACCAGAGUGCUCAAGAUAAAAAGGGUAUAAGGAUAUUUGCCGGAGCCCAAAGAGACAAAGAUGGCAAUGUGUAUCCCACAGGUACAGGAAGGCUGUGUCACUGGACCCAAAAAGGUGAUUUGGAAGCAGACGACUUCGCUUCUUUUGGAGCCUAUCAACGAACGCUUGAGUUGAAAUGUGACCAAGGAGAGCCUGGUGUUAUCCAGUGGACUCCUGAUGAUAACACGCCAGAUACGGUUUACUACCAGUGCUUCACUCACAGAUACUUAGGAUGGAAGAUAAACGUCCUAGAUUCUUGCGAUGAACAACCUGCUGCAAGCGAGACAAGAAUAGUGUCUGUACCCUUUCCGAUAGAUCAAGAUGAAGACGUUAAAGCCGAGACAAUGGUAACACCUAAUAGUUUUUCUAAUGAGGACGUAGAAGAUAAAGUUGCAUAUGAAAUUUCAGCAGUAGGGGAGGACAUAGUUGCCUAUCCUGACAAACAGUCUAAGAUGAUAAGAAACGACUUACCCUAUCUAAAUCCCCAAAAUUUCUAUUUCAAUCGAAAUCUGUUCCAGCCGAACAAUUUUCCCACCCAUCAGAGCUAUUAUAAUGGUCAGCAAUACCAACCCAAUCCUCAGUUGAUGUCGUAUGCUCCCUUCCAGCCUAACUAUCAAACGUUUAGGCCCAGUCCUUUGAUUUACACCGGUUUAGAAGAGAUAUCUAGUCCCGCAGAUGCAAGUCAGGCUUCAACUGCGCCCCCUCUGGUCACCUCGACCACAACCACAACCACUUCGACAACCACUACUACCCCAUUGCCCAUUACUUCUACUACCACUUCUAGUACCACGACCACCUCCGAGCAUAGCUUGUUGGAGGCAGCUUCCAAUAAUACCCCUAAUAAAACCAUCGUCAUAUCUUUCACUAAAAACCAACAACGUCACCCUGUCAGAAGCUACAUCAAAGUACCCCUAACCACAUCUAGCAAAAAAAAGCCGGUACGUCAUUUAACUAUGGUAAGACCAUCAUUUCAUCACAAUCCUAACACCAAUCAUCAGAAACCCAUCAUUCACCCUGCUUAUUUCCAUCAACAUGCUGUCGCUAAUACUAAAGCAUUAUUUCGUAUGAAAGCGCAUGCAAGGCCUAACAUAAAUCCAGGUUACGCAGUGCAAAAACAACGAACAAACGCUCAACUAACCAAGCAACCAUCUAGCGUCAUCAUACUAACUCCUCAGGUCAGACUAGUAACUAAGUCGCCACAUUCAUUGAAAUCAUCAGCCACAAUCAUCAAAGAUCAUAAUUCAUUCAUCAACGCUGCACCUUUGGACGAUACCAAGCCUUUGUCGCGCAUUGGACCUGACGCCUCUAAAGAAAGUAAUGCUGUUGAGGUUCUCUAUCCUGAAAAACCAGGCAGAAACUUGGGUUUCCAUCCAGGUACCAUCAAAAUUGAAGAAGGCUUCACUCCUAUCCUUGAAAGGAGCGAUCCUAUGAUUUACAACGAAUUGGAAGAAGUGGGUCCACCUCAAGUCCAAAACAGUCCAAUGCUGGUGAAGAGAACCACGAAAAGAUCUGAACCUAGCUACUUCAGGAUGAGAGUGAAAUUCGGGAGGGACCUCAAAGGAGUAGGAGAAGAUGUUGAACCGGUAGCAGACUCGUCCAAUAAGGAAAUUUAUUACUUACCACCAGACAAUCAGAAACAUCCAGUUCUUGGGAGCAUAAGCCAGCCUAGCAACAUUGAUAUAAUACCAGAAGAGUCUGAUUUAGACCUCGAGACAGCUCCUGACGUGGUUGUUACUUAUGAUGGUAAGAAAGUUUCUGGAGCAAGCUUGACGGCCAAACUAGCUGACUCCAUGCGUAUCUUAAACGCUAAAUCGUUGAGAACUUCUGAGUUCAUAAGGACGAGGCCACAGUCUGUGCCUUUCAAAGGCGAACUACCACCUUUAGAUGACAUCAAGCCUCCUACACUCAACCAAAGGGCCACUCUCAACAGGAACUUAGACGUUCCUUUCUUGCCAGAUACAAGCUCCAAUGUUCACAACAGCCCAGCUUCCACCAAGCUUACCUUGGUAAAGAGCGACACACACAGAAGGACAGGUAGAGAGGUUAGGACAAAAAGGAGUGCACACCAUACACCUGAACAUACCAGGCAGCAAAAUGAGGAAAGGUUGAAUGAUUCCAGUUCCGCGUUAAUUCCAUCUACUUUACUUAUAGUUGUUGUAGUUCAAACUUUGUUAUUUAUUUGAAUAUUUUUCCUUUUCCUUCGAUUAAGUAUUUUUGUAAAUAAAAAUCUGUUGAUUGAUUGUAA